AAAUUUUUUCAAGCUACUCCCUUUUCUGUGCUUUCUUCCCUAAUAUCUAUAUCCAAAGAAAGAUCCAUUUUUUUCUUAAUCUGGUUAUUGAAUUAUUGUUGUUUUGUUUGGUUGUUAAAGGUGAAAGAAAGUCUGGUUUUUUUAGUAUGCUCUGAAACUUUGGUUUUUUGUGGAUGUUCCUUGUGUGAGGAAAGGAGGGUCUUUUCUUUGAAUUGAAGCAGCUGGGUCCUUUUGAUAUUUGACAAGCUUUACUGGGUAUUGCUUUCAAAUUAUGGUUGUUUUGGCGUUAGGAUUUGAUGGUUGAUUUUUAGGGUAGCUUGAGAGAAGGUAAUUAGGUAACAACAGAAAGGGGGUGGGAUUUUGUUUUGUUUAUAUUUUGCAUUUGAUUAGUUUGAACUGAGAUUUCAUGCUUGGUCCAAGACAAUGGAGAUGUUUGUGGCCAGAUUUUUAUUUCUUUAGCAUUGGAUAUGCUACGGCUUUGUGAAAUAAUAUGAAGAAUCUUCUCAAGAAACUGCAUAUGAUGUCUAAUCAAUCAGAAGAUGUAGAAGGGUCAACUUCAUCAAGAGGCAACAACAAGUCCAGUGAAGUAUCAUCAUCCCCUGAGAGGCCUUUGCACGCAAGGUCCCAUCAUAAUCCUGAGCAUAAUAAACCAUUUUCUGUUCUUUCCAAUUGGUUGAAUUCAGUUGCUAAUAGAAAAAAUCCUAGUCCACCAUCCUCUUCAAAUGUGAACAAGGAGGAAACUAUGGAACCUACUGAUUCAGUUAGUACCAGUGGUUUAGAGGCUGCUUUGGAUGCUGUAAGGCGCGAUUCAGGGUCUAGUAACUCAAGGGAUCCUGAUAUAGAAGAGGAGUAUCAGAUACAAUUGGCUCUGGAGUUGAGUGCCAGGGAGGAUCCUGAGGCAGCUCAGAUUGAGGCUGUUAAGCAAAUUAGUUUAGGCUCUUGUGCUCCGGAGAAUACUCCAGCUGAAGUUGUUGCCUUUAGAUAUUGGAAUUACAAUUCUCUUAAUUAUGAUGACAAGAUCCUGGAUGGCUUUUAUGACCUGUAUGGAAUUCUAAAUGAAUCCACUUCAGAAAGAAUGCCUUCACUUCUUGAUCUGCAAGGGACAUCGGUGUCAGACAAUGUCUCUUGGGAAGCAGUUUUGGUCAAUAGGGCCUUCGAUGCAAAUUUGUUGAAACUUGAACAAAAAGCACUACAGAUGACUGCAAGGUUAAGAUCAGAAUCUCUGGCUUUUGUAAGUAGCAAUCUGGUGCAAAAGCUUGCAGUUUUAGUUUCUGAAUAUAUGGGUGGACCAGUCGCGGAUCCUGACAAUAUGUCACGAGCCUGGCGAAGUCUUAGUUACAGUUUAAAAGCCACCCUUGGCAGCAUGGUUUUGCCACUUGGUUCUUUAACAAUUGGAUUGGCUCGUCAUCGUGCGUUGUUAUUCAAGGUUUUGGCUGAUAGUGCAGGCAUUCCUUGCCGGUUGGUGAAGGGGCAGCAAUAUACAGGUUCUGAAGAUGUGGCAAUGAACUUUGUAAAGCUUGAUGAUGGAAGGGAAUACAUUGUUGACCUAAUGGCAGAUCCUGGCACACUUAUUCCUUCUGAUGCAGCUGCAUCUCAUGUGGAAGAUGGUGAUUCUUUCUUUUCCACAAGUCCUUUGUCUAGAGACAUUGAUUCAUCUCAUGUAGCCUCUUCUAGCAGUGGGGUUUGGAGUUUAUUUGAAGACAAUUCCGAAUUUGGGACACUGGAGAAGAGAUCCAGGUUCAAAAACUUUGCUGCUGCAGGAAAUCAAUCUGAUGAAAGAGGUGAUCUUAAUGCUUUUGUAAAUUUAUCUGGGACAACUAGAAGUGGGGAGCAAUCCAAGGAAUCCAUGGAUGACUUUAAAACCCCUUCCAACAUGGAGGAGGCACCUGUGCGAGAACUUCCAAACAGACCUAAUUAUCUUUAUUCACAUAUGAGAUCUCCUUCCUGGACAGAAGGUGUUAGCUCCCCAGCUGUGCGUAGAAUGAAGGUGAAAGAUGUCUCACAAUAUAUGAUUGAUGCUGCCAAGGAGAAUCCACAACUAGCUCAAAAACUCCAUGAUGUGUUACUUGAGAGUGGUGUUGUUGCUCCCCCUAACUUAUUCAGUGAGAUUUAUUCAGAGCAGUUAGAUACAUCAACUAUUGAAGUCAGGUUGCCAUUUGAAACUAAGGAUGAAAGUAGACAGGGCACUGGACCUCAAGAAAGUAAGAAUCAAAAUGAUUUUGGACCUUCUCAUUGCUUGCCUCCUCUACCCAAUCGCAAAGUAUUUGCUAAAGCAAGCUCUCCUUGUAACCAACCUGAGCAUCUUAAACCUGUGGAAGGCCUAGGGGUCACUUAUCCAUUUGAUACAAGGGAAGUUAUUGGACCACCUGUGUUAUCGCAAUCUGAAGCAGCUCCUAUUCAAUAUGCCAGAAAUGUCCCGGUUGCUGCAGCAGCUGCAGCAGCUGCAGCUGUUGUUGCAUCUUCAAUGGUAGUUGCUGCAAAAAAGUCAGGCACCGAUUCAAAUGUCGAACUUCCUGUAGCAGCUGCUGCUACUGCUACUGCAGCUGCUGUGGUGGUGACUAGUGCAGCUGUGACUAAGCAUAAUGAGCGUAGUGAUGGAGAUGUAGAUGCAACUGGCUGUGAGUCACAAGGUAGUGGUGAAAGGGAGCAUGAUGCCUUGGGGUUAAAUUCUGAAGGUGAGAGAAUAUCAGAUAGAUCAACUGGUAAUGAUAGUUCAAAGUCUGAUGUUGCCCUUGAUGAUGUUGCGGACUGUGAGAUUCCGUGGGAGGAAAUCACCUUGGGUGAGCGCAUUGGACUUGGAUCAUAUGGUGAGGUAUAUCGUGGAGACUGGCAUGGGACUGAAGUUGCUGUGAAGAAGUUUUUGGACCAAGAUAUCUCUGGGGAAUCACUUGAAGAAUUCAAAAGUGAGGUCCGAAUCAUGAAAAAGCUCAGACAUCCUAAUGUUGUUCUUUUCAUGGGAGCUGUAACUCGUCCUCCGAACCUUUCAAUUGUUACAGAAUUUCUUCAUAGAGGUAGUUUGUAUAGAUUAAUUCACCGGCCAAACAAUCAAUUAGAUGAGCGGAGGCGUUUGAGGAUGGCUCUUGAUGCUGCUCGGGGAAUGAAUUACUUGCAUAAUUGCACUCCAGUGAUAGUACAUCGUGAUUUGAAAUCUCCAAAUCUUCUAGUUGAUAAAAACUGGGUUGUAAAGGUUUGUGAUUUUGGGUUAUCACGAAUGAAGCACAGCACAUAUCUAUCAUCAAGGUCAACUGCAGGAACGGCUGAGUGGAUGGCUCCAGAAGUACUACAAAAUGAACUUUCAGAUGAAAAGUGUGAUGUUUAUAGCUUUGGAGUUAUAUUAUGGGAGCUCUGUACAUUGCGACAACCAUGGGGAGGAAUGAAUCCAAUGCAAGUGGUUGGUGCAGUAGGAUUUCAGCACCGUCGUCUUGACAUUCCAGAUGACAUAGAUCCUGUAAUCGCAGAAAUUAUUAGAAGGUGUUGGCAGACAGAUCCAAAACUGAGGCCGACAUUUGCAGAAAUUAUGGCUGCUUUGAAGCCACUGCAAAAGCCUAUAACGAGUGCACAAGUACCUAGAUCAACUGCAUCUUCAAGUAGUGCCCACGAGAGGGGUCAGCCAUGAAGUGUUGCAGAAGGCCUAGCAGGCAAAGAGAGAAAGCUCAAGACAGAAGUGACUGAGGCUUCAUUGAAUUACCCACAGUUGGCAGGCCCUGAGCUAUUUGGGACAAAGUAUGAGUACACAUGAUUGAAGAUUACAUAAAAUUUACUCCGAUUUGGGAUGAUUUGAUUCUUUUUGCACUUUUUCCUUUUUGUUUUAUUUUGUUUUUUUCCCCUUUUUUGGGGUAUCAGUGAUGCAGCCAUUUUAAUUGUUAUGCAUUUGUUUGUAAAAAGAAAAAUGAAAGUUGUUGUAAUCAAUGUUUUGCCUCAUUUUGUGUUCAAGGGGGCUUUUACGGUUGAUAAUGUGAACUGAAGAAAGAUGCAAAUAACUGAAAUCAUUUUUAAGCUGUGUACAGUGAUCAUAGGCAAGGGAGUCAAAAAAGUAGAUUUUAAUCAGUUCA